AUGUUGUCCCGUACUGUUGUUCGUGCUGCUACCCGAGUAGGUGCCGCACACAUGGCCAGGGCCAUGCAACGCAUUGGCAGACCUGCUGUGGUUAUUGCUGGUAGAAGAUUUGCUUCCGCUAAGGCUCAACCUAAUGAAGUUUCAUCUAUAUUGGAAGAAAAAAUCAGAGGUGUUUCUGAGGAAGCCAACUUGAACGAGACCGGUCGUGUUUUGUCCGUUGGUGACGGUAUUGCCAGAGUUUUCGGUUUAAACAAUGUUCAAGCCGAAGAAUUGGUUGAGUUUGCCUCCGGUGUGCAAGGUAUGGCUUUGAACUUGGAACCAGGUCAAGUCGGUGUUGUGUUGUUUGGUUCUGACAGACUAAUUAAGCAAGGUGAAGUUGUUAAGAGAACUGGUAGAAUUGUCGAUGUUCCAGUUGGUCCAGCUUUGUUGGGUCGUGUUGUGGAUGCUUUAGGUAACCCAAUUGAUGGUAAGGGACCAAUCAAGGCUGAAGCUACUUCCAGAGCUCAAGUUAAGGCUCCUGGUAUUUUGCCAAGAAGAUCUGUUCACGAACCAGUUCAAACCGGUUUGAAGGCUAUCGAUGCAUUGGUUCCUAUUGGUAGAGGUCAGAGAGAGUUGAUUAUUGGUGACAGACAGACAGGUAAGACUGCCGUUGCCUUGGACACUAUCUUGAACCAAAAGAGAUGGAACGACUCCAACGAUGAGUCCAAGAAGUUAUACUGUGUUUACGUUGCUGUUGGUCAAAAGAGAUCCACCGUUGCACAAUUGGUGCAAACCUUGGAAGAACACGACGCUUUGAAGUACUCCGUUAUCGUUGCUGCUACUGCAUCUGAAGCUGCUCCAUUGCAAUACAUUGCUCCUUUCACUGCCGCUGCUAUUGGUGAAUGGUUCAGAGACAACGGUAAGCAUGCUUUGAUUGUCUACGAUGACUUGUCUAAGCAAGCUGUUGCCUACCGUCAAUUGUCCUUGUUGUUGAGACGUCCUCCUGGUCGUGAAGCUUACCCAGGUGAUGUUUUCUACUUACACUCCAGAUUGCUAGAAAGAGCUGCUAAGAUGUCUGAAAAGAACGGUAGUGGUUCCUUGACUGCUUUGCCAGUUAUCGAAACCCAAGGUGGUGAUGUUUCCGCAUAUAUCCCAACCAACGUCAUUUCCAUUACCGAUGGUCAAAUUUUCUUGGAAGCUGAAUUGUUCUACAAGGGUAUCAGACCAGCCAUUAACGUUGGUUUGUCAGUCUCUCGUGUCGGUUCCGCUGCUCAAGUCAAGGCCUUGAAGCAAGUCGCUGGUUCCUUGAAGUUAUUCUUGGCCCAAUACAGAGAAGUCGCUGCUUUCGCCCAAUUCGGUUCCGAUUUGGACGCUUCUACCAAGCAAACCUUGGCUAGAGGUGAAAGAUUGACCCAACUAUUGAAGCAAACUCAAUACGCUCCAUUGGCUGCUGAAGAACAAGUCCCAUUGAUUUACGCUGGUGUUAACGGUCAUUUGGACAAGAUUGAAUUGUCCAGAAUCGCAGAGUUCGAAAAGGAAUUCUUGGCUUACUUGAAGGCUAGUCACGAAGAUAUCCUUUCCAGCAUUAGAGAAACUGGUGAAUUGAGCAAGGAAAGUUUGGCUACCUUGAAGGCUGCUACUGAAUCUUUCGUUUCUACCUUCUAA